UUUUCCGUACUGACUGAACCUAAUUUAUGGCUAUAGAAGCAAAAAAGAGUGUAUGACAUUUUAACCCUCAUUGGUUUCUGACUUAAAAGAUUUAUUUAGAUUAAAAGAUAUUAAGAGACAUAUAGGAAGGAUUGAGUCUGGGAAUUUUUUUUUUUGAGUUUAUUUGAAAAGAAGGAGAAGUGUAUUUUUUUCGCAUUUGCAAGAGAAGCAGACUGUUUUGACUAAGAAGAAAAAUGUUUUUAUUAAGAAGAGAAAUGUUACUGCUAAGAAGAGAAGUGAGUAAUAGGAGCCAUGGUAGCCAGCGCCCCUGCCUCUGGCGAUGUGUCUGCCAAACGAACGGGUAUUCCCCCAAACGGUUACUCAACAUUUUGUGAAAAUGCUGAUUUCGCAGACACGGUUCUGGAACUUUCUUUAAAAAUACAAGAUGGCGGCCGCUGAAGUCUGUAGCUCACUUCCACAGGAAAAUAAAAUGGAUUUAAACGAGGGUAGUUAUGAUACCGAAGAUGAAAAGAUGGACACAGAAGGAUGCGAAGAGAUAGAUAAAAAAGAGAUUGCUUUGUCAAAGAAAGAAGAAGGAAACAAAUAUUACACAGGAAAAGAUUACAACAAUGCUGUCUCUUUAUACACAGAAGCAAUCACUUUGGACCCAACUUGUGCUGCAUAUUAUGGAAAUAGAGCUGCAGCCUAUAUGAUGUUGGCCGACUACCAGAAAGGUCUGGACGAUGCACGGACUGCUUUUACAUUGGAUUCGUCCUUUGUAAAAGCAUACCACAGAGCUGCAAAAUGUUACAUAGCUACUGGCCAGACAAACAAUGCGUUACAAACUCUUGAGAAAGCAAAGGGUCUGGAACCGAAAAAUAAACUUGUAUUAGCAGAACUGAAGAAUGUCAAAAUGAUGGCUGAUUACGAAAAACAAAGUGCCAAUGCAUACGAAACUGGUGAUUAUAGAAAAAUUGAAUUUUGCAUGCGAAGGCUACUAGAAUUCGCACCUAGUGCUCUUACAUAUAAGAGUCUCCAAGCUGAAUGUUUAGCAUUAACAGGAAAAUUUAACGAUGCACAAUUAUUAACGAACGAAAUAUUACAAAAGGAUUCCCGCAAUAAAGAUGCAUUAUAUGUUCGAGGUUUAUGUUUGUAUUAUCAGGAUCAAACUGAAAGAGCUUAUAACGUUUUUCAACAUUUAUUACGGACAGCUCCAGACUUCAACAAAGCACGGGUGGCAUAUAAGAAAGCAAAAAACCUUGAAACGAAAAAAGAAGCAGGCAAUAAUGCUUUUCGAAAUCACAAAUAUAAAGAAGCUUUGGAACUGUAUACAGAAGCAUUAACUAUAGACCCAGUAAACAAAACGACUAACUCCAAAUUAUACUUUAAUAGAGCUACGGUAAAUUUUAAACUUGGUAGUAAAGAACCGUGUAUAAAAGACUGUACAAGUGCAAUUGAUUUGGAUCCAUCUUAUUUAAAAGCAUACCUAAGGCGAGCCAAGUGCUACAUGGACACUGAAAAAUACGAAGAAGCUGUAAGAGAUUACGAAAAAAUAACAAAAAUGGACCACAAUCAUGAAUAUAGAAGACUGCUGAAAGACGCCAAGCUGGAAUUAAAGAAAAGUAAAAGGAAAGAUUAUUAUAAAAUACUUGGUGUAUCCAAAACUGCAGAUGAAUGUGAAAUAAAAAAAGCAUAUCGAAAAGAAGCGUUGAAACAUCAUCCUGAUCGACAUUCAAGCGCCGAUGAUACUGUUAAAAAAGAAGAAGAAAUAAAAUUUAAAGAGGUUGGAGAGGCAUAUAGUGUACUUUCUGAUAAACAAAAACGACAUAGAUAUGAUAAUGGACUCGAUAUAGAAGAAGGUGGCGGUAUGGAUUUCGGAGACUUCGACCCUAAUAUAAUAUUUCAAAGCUUCUUCGGUGGCGGCGGCAGAGGAGGAGGUGGAUAUAAUUCUUUUGGUGGACAUGGUUGUCGCGGUGGAGGCGGCGGUGGAUUUCCUGGUGGCUUCUCCUUUCAGUUUGGUUAAUAAAUUAUAUAUUGCACUUCCCAACGCUAAAUUUAUAACAAUAUGGACUUCCUUCUGCAGCCCUAUGAUGUAUCUAAAUUAUAGCGAAUGAAUUUUUAAUGGUGUCAUUACGCUAAUGUAAUGGAUAUAGUUCUUGUAGGUCUCUUUGUUGUGUUUUUUCUGCCUUAUAGCUGAAAGUACUCGCUAGAAAUCAAUUUAGUCCUAUGUUUUUGUGAAAAUUAGCACAAUCGGCACCUAUUAGACACAAAUGGUCUCACCAUAGUCUGCUUUGGAGUCUUUAUGCUAUGUUUUGUUAUUAUUUCGCAUCAUGUUGCUUGAAAACGUAUACGACCUGCGUUUUUCAUGUUGACAACUUUUUGAAUAAAUAAUAAAUCCCGGUAUGUACGUAUAUAUUGUUAUAAGAGCGAUUUUUCGUAUUUUACGUAAUUUGUCAAAUUUGUAAAAAAAGAUUUUAUUUUGGUGUAAAAUGAAAGCUUUUCACGGAA